GGAGGAUGCGGUCCUUGCAGGAACGGAGCCGGUGAGCACUGCAUGAUGGGAACCCAGACAUCCAAGAAUCGGAUUGGAUGCGAUCUGCCGGGUGGGGGGGAGCACUCAACGCUCCUGAGUGUCACCGGGAAGAAGGAAGGCGGGAGAUAUUGUACGCACUUCCUGCGGGCGGAAGUCGGGGAAAGAAUCCCAGGAAACUACUGAAGUUCCUGUGGAAGCAAAGUAGAAUUUCAUAAGAACAUAAUGGAUGGAGAAGAGAAAACUUAUGGUGGCUGUGAAGGCCCUGAUGCCAUGUAUGUCAAAUUAAUAUCCUCUGAUGGUCAUGAAUUUAUUGUAAAAAGAGAACAUGCACUAACAUCAGGAACAAUUAAAGCCAUGUUGAGUGGCCCAGGUCAGUUUGCUGAAAACGAAACCAAUGAGGUCAAUUUCAGAGAGAUCCCAUCCCAUGUGCUAUCAAAAGUAUGCAUGUAUUUUACCUACAAGGUUCGCUACACUAACAGCUCCACUGAGAUUCCUGAAUUCCCAAUUGCACCUGAAAUUGCUUUGGAACUCCUGAUGGCUGCGAACUUCCUAGAUUGUUAAAUAAAAUAAAUUAUAAUAAA